AAUUUAUAUUUGAACUCACCUUUACAUUUCCACUGCUUUCAUCGCCACUUAGCGGACUUUCCAACGCCAACUUUCCCUCUAUUUAUAUUUUCUCUCCAACUUUCCCUCCUUCCAAACACCAUUAACAAACCCACUUUCUCUUUUUUUUUCUCUAGCAAUCCCACCAUGGCUUCUUUAGCUACCCAAGCCAAUCCCUUCUUCUCAACCAAACUCCAACGCUCUGCUCCUGCUUCUCGUAAGUUCCGCCCCUGCAGCGUCAAGUGUUCUGUGGUGGCCACGACGUCGUCCAAGGUCAAGUCCGUGAAGGCCAGGCAGAUCAUUGACAGCAGAGGGAAUCCCACCGUCGAGGUUGAUCUCAUCACUGAUGAUCUUUUUCGAUCGGCUGUGCCUAGUGGGGCCUCUACUGGGAUCUACGAGGCCUUGGAGCUCAGAGACGGAGACAAGAGUGUGUACGGCGGUAAAGGUGUUCUCAAUGCUGUUAAGAAUAUUAACGACAUUUUGGGUCCUAAGCUUGUUGGUGUUGAUGUCAGAAAUCAAGCUGAAGUGGAUGCUAUAAUGGUGGAAAUUGAUGGGACUCAACAUAAGUCAAAACUGGGGGCGAAUGCAAUAUUAGGAGUAUCUUUGAGUGUCUGCAGAGCUGGUGCAGGAGCAAAAGGAUUGCCCUUGUACAAGCACAUCCAGGAAUUGUCUGGAACAAAAGAGCUUGUUAUGCCAGUUCCUGCUUUUAAUGUGAUAAAUGGAGGCAGUCAUGCUGGAAAUAAUUUGGCUAUGCAAGAAUUUAUGAUAUUACCAGUAGGCGCAACCUCAUUUGCUGAAGCUCUCCGAAUGGGUAGUGAAGUGUAUCAUAUAUUAAAGGGGAUUAUCAAGGCAAAAUAUGGACAAGAUGCUUGCAAUGUUGGAGAUGAAGGGGGUUUUGCUCCCAAUGUUCAGGAUAACAGGGAGGGACUUGUUUUGCUUAUGGAUGCAAUUGAAAAGGCUGGUUACACUGGCAAGAUCAAAAUUGGAAUGGAUGUUGCGGCUUCAGAGUUUCUCACUAAAGAUGGGAAAUAUGAUCUAAAUUUUAAGAAACAACCAAAUGAUGGAGCUCAUGUGCUGUCGGCACAGAGCCUUGGUGACCUUUACAAGGACUUUAUUAAAGACUUCCCUAUCGUAUCUAUUGAAGAUCCCUUUGACCAAGAUGAUUGGAGUUCAUGGACUUCACUACAGUCAUCGGUUGAUAUUCAACUUGUAGGAGAUGACCUGUUGGUCACAAAUCCAAAGAGAAUAGCUGAAGCCAUUCAGAAAAAGUCUUGCAAUGCUUUACUUCUAAAAGUUAACCAGAUUGGCACAGUGACCGAAUCCAUCCAGGCAGCACUUGAUUCAAAAGCUGCAGGUUGGGGUGUAAUGGUCAGCCACCGCAGUGGUGAAACUGAGGAUAAUUUUAUUGCUGAUCUUUCUGUCGGUUUGGCAAGCGGACAGAUCAAGACCGGAGCUCCUUGCCGAAGUGAGCGAUUGGCCAAGUAUAAUCAGCUUCUGCGCAUUGAAGAGGAACUUGGAAAUGUGCGUUAUGCCGGUGAAGCUUUUAGAUCACCUUAGUUAAAAGAUACAGAAUGCAGUUUGUUCGAAUAGAAUAAGUACCAGGUCAAAUUCACCAUCAGAAAACAUAGUACCUGAGCUACGGAUCUGUUAAACCUACAAAAUCCGGGAAAUUUUUUUGGUAGAGCCAGUCAGCUAAGAUGUCAUUCAAAAAACACCAUAACCAGAUCAUUUGUUAGAAUAAUGUGUUCUCAGUUUUAAUUGAAAUGACUAUUGUCUCUGAAUAAGUUUUGAUUUGCAGUAUCCGGAGUGAAUAUGGAACUUGGUUGAACACUGUAUGCCAUUAAGAAUUAGUUCAAGACCUGAACACCAUAUUUUGUAAUUUACAGUGUACUUGUAAUGAAGGAUUGGUCUGUUUAAUCACAAUACACUUGUUGUAUCUA